AUGGCCGACCGACGCUCAGACUCCUACGAUGGCGUCCCUGAAGAGGCAAACAUCGCUGUCAGAGUCCCGCCUAAAGCCUUCAAACAACUUUCUUCGUCUUCGGAUGCCGUCAAGGCAAAGAGAAAUCAGAAGGGUCUGAAGUCCCUCGAAAAGGCGGCUCGAAAGGCCGGAGAAGCAGCAAGGAAUGAAGGAACUGCUCAGAACCAAGGUGAUUCUCAAGGGGGAACAUGA